UAUAAGAAAGAGCUCUGACCUCACUAAAGCCCAGUCCACAGUGUCUCCUGUUCCUUCCUGAUAACUUCCCAUCCAGACCCUGCUGAUACUGGUGCUCGAGCUCUGUGUUAAUCUUCCGAUCCUCUGCCCCUACAGACACACAAUAUACCCUCUUCAUUACAGACAGUUAAAGGCCAUCAGCAUUUUCCCAUAUUCCCAACGAUGUUGAUAUAAUAUUAAUAGACAUUCAAAUUAUCCCACAACAAUAAAAUGUCUCCCUGAUGGUUGUAUAUCAGUAUCAAACUAGAUUACGGUAGUUGUUUUAUAUUUUAUAAGUGUAGAAUGCAUUGUAACCUGGUCCUAUGUGCACAAUAAACGCCAGGACAUUACCAGUGGUUGCUUUAAAGGUCAGAGCAUGUACUCUUUGACCAGUGAUCGCUGAAGGGAAAAGGAUAUGUUGCGUACAGGAUGUCAUCUGAUGGUCGAAGUCUCCACACAACCGGGAGUUUGGAAGUGUCUCAUCCAACACAAUAGGAGGUUGCAAUCACUUUUUAAACUGUCAAGCAUUCAAAUCCACCAACCCUUCACUUCCGCCCUAGAGACUCACCGCUGCGGAAAUGGGAAGUUGACUUGUGAUCCCCAAUAACAAGGCGUCCAGUGUGCUCCUUCUGCCAGUUCAAGAAAACAAUUGAAGCAAGAAUGGGCGAUAGUGGUGCGUUUAUAUAAACACAUGAGGUCUUGGGUUGUCUCUCAGAGUGAGUUCCGGACUGCAGAUCGACUCAUAUCCAUCUGUGAAACUGAGACCAGCAUCGUUUCAGCACCUUCGACGACAUCAAGCCAUGGCUGUCACCGGCUGCUCUCAGUGCAUCAAAUAUAUGCUCUUCUUCUUAAAUUUCAUUUUCUGGCUGGCUGGUGGUGUGAUUUUGGCUGUAGGUUUAUGGCUUCGCCAUGACAGUCAAACCAGCAACCUCCUAAUGCUGCAGUUUGAAGGGAAUCAAGCACCAGGAACUUUUCAUAUCAGUGUGUAUGUUCUCAUAGCGAUUGGGGCUGUAAUGAUGUUUGUGGGGUUCCUUGGUUGUUACGGAGCUAUUCAAGAAUCUCAGUGUCUCUUAGGAACGUUCUUCACAUGUUUAGUGAUCCUCUUCGCCUGUGAGGUGGCAGCAGGACUAUGGGGCUUUAUUAACAGGGACACGAUCUCCACGGAGCUCAUUAACUUCUAUGAUGCGGCAUACAUUAAAGCUGUGGAUCCUGUGGACACAUCAUCCAGACCAGCAGCUUCCAAAGUUUUGGAGGUCUUUCAUAACUCACUGAAUUGCUGUGGUAAAGGGGAUGAAAAUCCACUUUUCAAAACUGUCCAGACCUCUCUGUGUACCGAAAAGACACUCCAGCUUGACCCGGUCAUCUCCCAGAGUUGCCACACAAAGAUAAGGGAACUGUUCACUGAGAAACUCCACAUCAUUGGAUUGGCCGCCCUAGUGAUUGCUGUCAUUAUGGUUUUUGAGAUGAUCUUCACCAUGGUCCUCUGCUGUGCAAUCCGCAAUGCUCCUGCAUAUUGAGUUGCUGGAUGAUGACCAGCCUGAUCAACAAUGUUUGAUUUUGGUAGUGAUGGGCAGGAGGCCAUUUCACCUCUGCCUUUCCUCUCUUUUCAAGUUCAAGUGUCCACACACUGAACAUUGAUCCCUGUGUUUGUAGAGAGGACUUCCUAUGUGAGGACAUCAGAAUACAACACCAAGGGCUAUAUAAAUAAACCAGUAACCAAUAUCAGGGAGGAGGAAGAAUGUGAUUGACAGUAAUAUGAAUAACUUUGCCUUAAUGUUUUAUUGUUUUACUUUUAUUUAAUCAUUUUUAUUAAAUUUGCUCUUAUGGUCUGUUGUUCAACUUUUAGUAGUAAAAUUGCUUCAACACACUCUUUAAGCGUGUGUGCAUGCUUGUUUGUGAAGUAAAUCAUUGUUAUGUUUAUAAAGAGAUAAAUGUUAACCUAUGAAUCCAUUAGGCAACAAGUCAAUUUGUGUCUUCUGAGAAUGCAUAUCAUACCAGCCCAUAAUGAUGAUGUCAUGAUAAUCCAAUGAUAACCCACAUGAAACAAAUCAAAAUUUUACCCAAUGAGCCUGUGGUAUUUUUAUUUUGUGGACAUUCUGUUUAUUUCUAAUAAACCUUUCUAAUUAAAAAAUUCUGCCAAAUUAUUGUGUUAUGAAUGUUGUGUUAGCAAUGUAUUGAAUCUUACCUUGUUUGAGGCAUGUUUGUAUAAAGUUUAGGACACAAA